UGUCCAAAGCAAUCAUUUCGAAGAUAAAUCCAACAUUUUGAUUCCAAAAUUUGAACGAGAAAAACCCCAGGAAUUUAAUGCAAGAUAACUAAACCAACUCCCAAGUUAGCCAAGAAAUCUUUCAUCCCAAACCACGUUACCUCUCGCAGCGAUCUCCUGACACCGAAUCAUCGUCCCUUUCCUCCUCUGAUUCUCUGUCUCUGUCUCUAUCUAUCUCUGUGUAUACAUGGCGAUGCUCUAAAACAAAUUCAAUUCCAAAUUUGCACGUCAAAAGCCCCAAAACAUGGCAGCAACAGCUCUCCUAUUUCUCCUCAUAACUUCUCUCUUCAUCCCCUCCUAUACCCAUGAUAUUCAAUCGCCAGACCAGGAAGCCUUCAUUUCAAUCGUUAUAUCCCAGCAAGGCCUCGACUUUCUUAAGAAUUUGCUUGUAACCAAAACAAUCUCUUCAAUAAUUCCUCUCAAUUUGCCCAGGAUUGAAAAGACGGUUAAAGUUCCAUUUCUGGGUUAUGUUCGUAUGCGUCUAUCGAACAUCACCUUACAUGAAAUCGAUGUCUUAUCCUCUUAUGUUAAGCCUGGAGAUACUGGUGUUGCAAUUAUUGCAUCGGGCACUACUUGUAAUUUAAGCUCGAGUUGGUAUUAUCAGUAUAGUUCUUGGCUUCUGCCUGUUGAGAUUGUUGAUAGAGGAGGCGCUUCUGUUCAGGUUGAAGGCAUGCAAGUGGGGCUUACAUUAGGCUUGGAGAACCAGAAUGGAACUUUGAAGCUGUCCCUUAUAAACUGUGGUUGUUAUGUUAAAGAUGUCUCUAUCAAAUUGGAUGGAGGAGCUUCUUGGCUUUAUCAAGGAAUGCUAGAUGCAUUUGAAGAGCAAAUAGGGGCUGCAGUGGAAAAUGCUAUUACAAAGAAACUUAGAGAAGGAAUUUUAAAGCUUGAUUCAUUUCUGCAAUCUCUUCCCAAAGAAGUUCCAGUAGAUGAUAAUGCCUCUUUAAAUGUGACUUUUGUGAAGGACCCUUUGUUGAGUAAUUCUUCCAUUGGAUUUGACAUCAAUGGGUUAUUCACAGCAAGGAAAAAGUUUCUAGUCCCAAUGAAUAAGUACCAGAGUUCACAACCGUCAGUUUUCUGUAAAGAUUCAUCUAAGAUGCUUGGAAUUUCACUAGAUGAGGCUGUUUUUAAUUCUGCAUCAGCUUUAUAUUAUGAUGCAAAAUUCAUGCAAUGGGUUGUGGAUAAAAUACCGGAUCAAUAUCUUUUAAACACUGCUGGAUGGAGAUUUAUUAUUCCUCAAUUGUACAAGAAAUAUCCAAAUGAUGACAUGAAUUUAAAUCUCUCCUUAUCUUCUCCUCCAGUCAUAAAGAUUUUAGAGAAUGAUAUCGAUGCAACUGUUUAUGCCGAAUUAAUAAUUGAUGUUUUGGAAGCAGAUCAAGUAAUACCAGUUGCAUGCAUUUCAUUGGACAUUCAUGGCUCAGGUUCAGUUAAGAUCUCAGGGAAUAAACUCGGGGGCAGCUUGAAAUUAAAUUACUUUUCCAUGUCAUUGAAAUGGAGCAAUAUCGGUAAUCUUCGGCUGUAUCUUGUUCAGCCAGUUAUGUGGACUCUUAUCCAAACUGUUUUCUUGCCAUAUGCAAAUGCGAAACUUGGACAAGGCUUUCCUUUGCCGAUUGUUCAUGGUUUCACCCUUAAGAAUGCUGAAAUAGUUUGUUCAAGAUCAAAAACUACAGUUUGUGGUGACGUGGAAUACUCAGAAUUGCAGGAUCUUAAUCAGAUUAUGUUCACCUAAUAUGUUGCCUUCUGAUGUGUGAUGGGGAUGCACACCAAGUUCCAGAAAGCACAGGCAGAUGUCCCAAUUCUGUUGGUGAUUCAUGUGUGUAAAAAGCUCAGACAGUUAAAACUGGGUUCCUCCACCAAUGUACAAACUGUGAAAAUGCCAUAGAUUCUGGUUUGUGCAGAUGCUUCCUAGCAUUUUUAGCAUUCAAUUCAUUCUUGAACGUGAAGGGUAAUAAAGAAUGACUUCUGAGAUGGACUAUAAUAGUUCGGUUUUUUUCAA